AUGAACCGUCUCCUGCUGCCGGCGGAGUUGGACGCGGAUUAUGUGGCGGUGGCCGAGGACGCGGGCCGGGCCCGCCUGGCCGGGCCGGCGGGCGGAGGGGCCGCGGGACCUGCGCGGGGCUGCAGCGGGGAUGGCCGCAGGCCACAGGCGCGCCCCCGGCUCUGCCCGCGGCUGUCACCGGGACCCGCGCCUGUCCUGCGGGAUUGGAAGAGGGGAGGGUGGGGAGAAAAGGCGCGACCCAGCAGCUGCCACCCUCGAGAGACCCCAGCUCUGCGCGUGGUCUCCCGCAGAUUUAGUGUCACCUUCCUGCCCUGUGCCCCCCUCCCCCUCGUCUGUGUGCGGGUGCUGAGGCGGGUGGGCAGGCGGUUCCCAGGUUGUGGGAUGAGCAGUCCCGUUACCGCCCGCUCUUUGAUACGGGUCGCAGCUGCAAAUGCCGUGGCUGAAUCACAGUCGAAGAGACAAAUCGCUUGCACAACUUUCAGAGAAUGCAGAAUUCUGAAAAUCAAGCCAAAGCAACUUGAAAUAACUUAUCCCUCUGAAGGAGCCAAAGAUGACUCUCAAGCACCAGGGCUACCCAGAGAUUUCUUAAGACUUGAAUGGAAAAGAACUUGGAAACCGGUCUCUUGACUCAGAGAUGAACAGGAUUUACAGGAAGCUGGCCAGUGGCUGUUGGUGCAGGAGGGCCUGGACUUGCAAAUUCCUUGGUCAGUGGUCAUGUGCCACAUUCUUCUGAAGACUGGGAGAAAACCACAAACCUCAACACAGUCAUCUUGGGAUCUGCCUCUGCAAAGAAAAGCAACAGCCCAGCAGCUGGUGGUCCCCACCUUUUACAUGUAUAAAGGAGAGAUGUUUGAAUGUGCUCCUGAACCACAUCACAACCAUAAUCCUAAAAGAUCUGGGGCACACACACUUGAGUAGGAUCACAGUGUCUUAAGACAUUUUUAAUUUUGAAGAGAAAAAGGUUGAUGAAUUGCUUCUGGACACUCAAGUGUGUGAUGCCAGCUCAGCAGCUGUCACUGUCUUCAAGUUGCAGUAUCUUCAUCUCUGGUGCCCCACCCCAACAGGAUUUGCACACAGCCUUUCAGAGGAGAGGCACAGAUACCUGCAUCAGGAGUACUCAGGGCAGUAAGGGCUUUUAGCACACAGUGUCAAAGAAAAUAGCAACAGCAUGUUGAAUAACUGGUUUGAUGUGUAUGCUUCACGUAGGUUAAUUUAGGUGGAUCAUCAUCCUCAUAUUGUACUCUUGUUUCCUAGAAAUACCCUGAAACAGGCACAUUUAUGGCAU